AUGCUGUGGACAGUGCUACUUGCGGUGGCAAUGCUGACUAAGCUAUGUGCCGGGCAAAACGAGGAAUUCGGCCGAUUGCCCUACCCCAAGAUGAGCAUCUCUCCGCCGUUUCUGGAGGACGGCUUCAACGCCAAGUACUUCAACAUGGGCGGGGAUAUCUCUGUGCGACGAUUCCAGCAGGGCCAGGACUGGGCGGCCAUCCAAUUGACGCCGGACAAGGGCGGCAAACACGGCUGGAUGUGCUCCAAAAACACCCUGAAGCUGACCUACUCUGAUUUCGAAAUCGUGACCCAGUUCCGAAUCAUGGGGGAGACGGCCGGGGUUUACGGAGACGGCAUGGCCGUGUGGCUGACCACGUCUCCGGAUCUCGGACUCAGUGAAUCCAUGCCCUACGGACCUGUUUUUGGAGCCCCCGACAAGCUCAAGGGGUUCGGGAUGGUUGUUGAUCUGUAUCGAAACGGCAGAAAGGGACGAGCGUUCCCCUACGCUCACGGAAUGAUCAUGGACGGUAUUCAGUCCUACGACAAUGAUCACGAUGGCCAAUACAACGAGGAGGCCUACGGUCUGGACGGAUGCAGCUUGAAGGGCAUCUACAACUCUGUGCGACACGCCGAGAUGCGAAUUUCUUACGUUCGAGGCCGCUACUUGGGCGUGGACUUCCGAUUUAAGAGCCACAAUGAGUGGAAAACGUGCACUGUGCUAGAUGGAGACCAGGUGCAAAGGCUGGAGGAGAUUGUGGGCGACGAACCUCUUUACUUGGGUGUGUCAGCCAUGACCGGCGAGGUUUCCGCCAAGUUCCAGAUUGGCGACGUGGCUGUUCAGAAGCUCAUCAACGCCCCCGAGAUCUACGCCGAUCUGGCUGCUAUCAACGGUGUUCAUGAUGGCGAGUUUGUUUGGAACAAGCAGAAACAUGAUAUCGAAGAACAGGCUGAAAUGGAGGAGCUGGAGGAGCAGGGAGGACGAGGUCUGGACAAGAAGAAGCACAGCAACAAGAAGGACAGAGGCGAUAACAAGGUGCAUCUUUCUGCAAAGGCGCAGAAGAAGCUCAAGGCUCGAACACGGCGAAAGCUCAGAGCCAUGAAGAACACCAACCAGCAGCAAAGUGGCCGAUGGCUGACUCAUGUUCUGCGGGUGACGCUCUUCAUUAUUCUGCUCUUGUUUGCAUACAUUGCUUUUGCUGCUUACCGGUCCUAUCGACGAAAGCAAAAGUAUCCUCGGUAUUUUGACUAG